AUGGAUGCGGCGACGGUCGUGCUCUUGUCGCAGACGGACCACCACCUGUUCGAGGUGGCGCACCCGCGCCUCGACGUCUUCGACUCGCCGCGCUGCACGCGCCUCGCCACGCAGGCAUGGACGGGCCGGCGACUCGUCGCUCUCGCCGCCGCCUCAAUUGAACCCCGCCUUCGCGAUCCGGAAAUCGCUGCCGUUCACUUCGGCUCUCACGAGGCGCAGCGGCCGUUAGGGUCCGACGUGGCACGGGGCGCCAUUCCGAUCCGGCUGUGCGAGGACGCGUAUCCCGGGUGGAUAUCGGCUGCUGACGUGGCUCAAGGCGCCAUCCGUCGCCUAUCCAUUGGCUUAGAGAGUGCAACGCGAGAGGCAGGCGAUGCGGGGGAUAGGGACAGGCGGAAGGGCGGAGGAGGGGAGUGUGAAGGCGGAGGCAUGGCAGAGAAUGGGGGCAUGGGGGUGGGCGUGGGGGAAGAGGCGGACUUGGCGGGAGAGAGAGAGGCGGCGGUUGCAUUCGCGGAGGCGGCGAGGGCGGAGGGCGAUCGGUACCUGUGGGGCGGCACCACGGGGCCGCACUUCGACUGCAGCGGCCUCGGUGCGUUCCCCUCGCCUCAAUGUGCCGGCCCUCGCCCACGGCGCAGCACGCAGAGAUGUUGGUGCAGCGAGCGUAUGCAUCUACCGGAGUGUGGGUGCCUCGAGAUGCCUUCCAGCAGGUCAGUGCGUGUGGUGCGUGUGCUACCCACUCCACUCACUGGAAGGCACUGCUUCAGGGCCCUUGAGCGCCACCUUGCUCAACUGCUGCACUGCCUGCUUCGCACACCCCUCCCUGCUCUCACACCCCUCCCUGCUCUCACACCCCUCCCUGUUCUCACACCCCUCCCUCCUCUCACCUCACCUGUCCGCCUCUGUGCUGCACGCCGCUUCCCACACCCUACCACCUCCCCCUUGCACACCUCCCCCUGCACACCUCCCCCUUGCGCACCUCCCCCUUGCGCACCUCCCCCUUGCGCACCUCCCCCUUGCGCACCUCCCCCUGCACACCUCCCCCUGCGCACCUCCCCCUUGCGCACCUCCCCCUGCACACCUCCCCCUGCGCACCCCCCCCUGCGCACCCCCCCCUGCGCACCUCCCCUUGCGGCGCACCUCACACCGCACAGCACCUCAAUCAUGCAUCGCCACUCUGCUGUCACACCCACUUCCUUGGGCAUCCCCUCCCACGUGCUUCACAGCAGCCCAUCACCCGUGCGGCACAUGGUGCAGGUGGCGUUCAUGCACAGCUCGGGGCGCGAUGACGGGCACGACGGCAUCGUCUCUGACUGCCUGCGCCUGCUGCUGCUCUGCCCUCCGCUUUGCGCUCAACUGACUUGUGGCGACGCGCGUGUGUUGAGGGAGCAUGCCCAUGGCUCGGGUGACGCGUGUGUGUGCUGCCUUGGUGCGAGCAGCAAGGAGGGGUUGGGAGAGGAGCAAGAGUGCAUGAGUGUAGAGGGAGGCAGCAGGGCGUGUGGGGCAGGCGAGGCAGGGGAGUGGAAGGUGGUGACGCGGUUGCACGUGGGCAGCAGGGAGGUGGGGGAGCAGGGGGGGGUGGGGGAGCAGAGGGAGGUGGGGGAGCAGGGGGGGGUGGGGGAGCAGGGGGGGGUGGGGGAGCAGAGGGAGGUGGGGGAGCAGGGGGAGGUGGGGGAGCAGGGGGAGGUGGGGGAGCAGGGGGAGGUAGGGGAGCAGGGGGAGGUGGGGGAGCAGGGGGAGGUGGGGGAGCAGGGGGAGGUGGGGGAGCAGGGGGGGGAUGCCAGUAUCCAGGCCGCCGUGGAGGGCGGGCAGGGGCACAGGUGGGAGGGAGGGAUGACGCUGGUGCCAACGCACACUGCAGGCAGUGAGGACGCGGUUUUGGCAGAGGGAGGGGAGGGCGCAGCAGAGUGGGGGAAGGGCGUGGAGGUGCAUGCGCGGGGCAGGGUGGCGGCGCACUAUGGCGCCCAGCUGAGAGGCUUCGGGCGCGUGCUGCACGCCCUGCCACCGUCGCUUGCUCACAUCCCCCCCCACCUCGUGCUGCCCCUUCAGGUGUAG